UCUUGGGUUUGCGUGUGUUAAACAAACACCUAAGAAAAUAUUUAUUCAGAAUGUUGACACACAAAGCACUCUGUCGGUCGAUCCGUCCAAACGAUUGGUUUGUGACGAUCGAUCUGUCAGACGCGUAUUUUCACAUAGACGUUUACCCGUCACGCAGAAAAUAUUUGAGGUUUGCGCACAGAAGCACUGCCUACGAGUUUCAAACCAUUCCGUUCGGACUGUCUCUCGCUCCGAGAACUUUCAGCAAGUGUGUGGAGGCGGCUCUUUUGCCGUUGAGAAACAGCGGGAUUCGGAUUUUGUCUUAUAUAGACGAUUAACUGAUAUGCUCCUCGUCAAGAGAGCAAGCGGUCAGAGAUGCGGAGAGCGUAGUCACUCAUCUCUGCAGCUUGGGUUUCAAAAUAAACAGGGAAAAGAGCCGCUUGUGUCCCGCGCAGUGCCAGAAUAUCUGGGACUCAGUAUAAAUUCCCUCUCUGAUCGAGUCACGCUGACAGAGAGAAGAAUCGCAUCUCUCAUUCAGUGUCGCUCCCGUUUUCGGGCUGGGUCUAUGGUCCCGUUCCGAGUGUGCCUACAAAUGCUGGGUUUAAUGGCCUCAGUGAUUUCUGUGGUGCGUCUGGGACUUCUCAUGAUGAGAGAUUUUCAGAGAUGGGUCGCGUGGUUGCGCUUAUGUCCCCGACGUCAUCUCAAUCGGCCGGUCAAAAUAACACAUUCGUGCGUCUUAGCGCUCCGCCAAUGGGGAUGCCCCGCGACUCUUCGCUCGGGGAUUCCCUUGGGGGCGGUGUCGUCGCGAGUUACUAUGGCGACGGACGCGUCUUUGAAGGGCUGGGGUGCGACCCUUAUGGGCAGAGCUGUGAACGGCGUGUGGCCACCACAGCUGAUCCUGAGACAUAUAAACUAUUCGGAGUUGUUGGCAGUAUUUCUGGCACUAAAACACUUUCUGCCUUUCAUAAAGGACCGACAUGUGUAGGUGAAAACAGACAAUUCCACAGUGGUCGCGUACAUCAACCGGCAGGGAGGUGUGCGCUCCCUCCAGCUGCAUCAGUUGGCGAGGAAACUGAUAAUGUGGUGCGACACAAGGUUUUUGUCCAUCAGGGCGACUCAUGUUCCAGGCAUAUGGAACAGAGGUGCAGAUCUAUUGUCCAGGGGAAACCCUCUGUACGGGGAAUGGAAACUGCACACUCAGGUGGUGGAGCAGAUAUGGCAGAGAUACGGCCGGGCUGCCGUAGAUCUCUACGCCUCGCGAGAAAACGCUCAGUGUCCUCUGUUCUUUUCUCUAAGGGACGAAGAUGCACCGUUGGGUGUGGAUGCGUUAGCCCACCCAUGGCCAAAUGUUCUUCUCUACGCGUUCCCUCCACUGAGCUUGAUUUCCCCCACCCUGGCAAGGGUCAGAGAACUCAGCUUGUCACUGAUUCUGAUAGCUCCACGUUGGGCUUCCAGGCACUGGAUCGCAGAAAUAGUUCAGCUACUGUCGGAUCAGCCUUGGCCACUCCCUCCACGGAGGGACCUUCUGUCCCAGGCGGGCGGGGAGAUUUAUCAUCCGCACCCGGACAGAAUUGCUCUCUGGGCCUGGCCCGUGAGAGGUGGAACUUGAGUGUGGCUGGUUUGCCCCAAUCGGUUAUACACACUAUCCAGAGUGCCAGGGCCUCGUCUACUCGCACGCUUUAUGACAAUAAAUGGCGAGUUUUUGAGGAGUGGUGUGGCCGCGGUCACAUUGUCUCUUUCCAGUGUUCUGUGGGAGACAUUUUGUGUUUUCUCCAGGAUUUGCUGGAUAAAGGGAAAGCUUUUUCUACUUUGAAAGUGUAUCUGGCGGCUAUUUCUGCAUGUCACAUCGGGUUUAAUAACGAACCUGCGGGUCGGCACCCUUUGAUUAGCCGGUUUAUGAAAGGUGCACGCCGUAUAAGGCCGGUGUCUCGGCGGUUAGUGCCUCAGUGGGACCUGUCCUUGGUUUUGGAAGCCCUUUCUCAUCACCCCUUCGAGCCGGUGGAUGGCGUAGGGCUGAAAUUUCUUUCUCUUAAGACGGUGCUGCUUGUGGCUCUAGUGACUGCUAAGUGUGUGAGUGAGCUGCAAGCCCUGUCUGUCAGUCCAUCCUGUCUACAGUUCGCCCCUGGGCUCACGAAGGUUUCCUUUCGCCAUAACCCGGCGUUCGUGCCUAAGGUGGUGGAUUCUUCUUAUAGAUGUCCUGUUACGGAACUUUCGGCUUUUCACCCACCUCAGGAGGAGGAUGGCUUGAGUUCCUUGUGCCCGGUGCGGGCCCUCCAUACGUAUGUCAAGAGAACAGCGGGUUUCAGAAAAUCGGACCAGCUGUUUGUGUCUUGGGCUACCCCUCACAAAGGGAAGCCGUUGUCGAGUCAGCGGCUGUCCCGCUGGAUUGUGGAGGCUAUAUCUAUAGCGUAUGAAUGCUGUGGUUCUCAGGCUCCCACGGGUCUGAGGGCCCACUCUACUAGAGGGAUGGUGACAUCAUGGGCCCUGCUUAAGGGUGUCUCUGUUCAGGAUAUUUGUGCGGCAGCUGGCUGGGCCACGCCGCACACCUUUGUGCGGUUUUAUAGACUAGAUGUGUCUGAGUCAUCCUUGGCACAUGCAGUGCUGAGUGCCAGGCGUUCUGAGCCUAUGUGAUUGACCUGUGCAAUCCGGGAGCAGUCUAUAUC